AUGUUGAAAAUACGAUGUAUUUUGAUUAAAUUUCAUCAGCCUGAUGACAUCUGUUCUUCUAAACGAUUGGUUAAAAUAUUUCAACGAAUCUCUCGAUUCAAACAUCUCGGAAAACGGCUGCAUGAUUUGAGAACGCAACCAUGCCGUCAUUGUUCAAACACGAUCGAUAUUCUCAAUCGAACAAAUGGAAACAACAUAACACAAAAUGAAGUUUUCGUUACUACUACUGAAGGAAUGCUCCUAUCCUAUUCAUUCCUUCUACUUUCAGCACUUCUAUGUGUUUAUUUCGGUUCAUACCGAUCAGUAAAUCGGAAAGAUGAACAAGUUAGAUCUGGCGAAAAACCUGAUGUGCUUACUACAAGACAUGUGGCAAUGGUUCCAUUCAUUGCUAGUGCAUUCCUACUCGGCAAUUAUCUUGUUAUCUUACUUGUUUCCAAAGAAUACAUCACAUUUGUUCUGAAUAUUUACUUUUCUCCCAUUGGUAUCAUUGCACUUUAUCGAGUAGUGCAUCUGGUGAUUGCAUGGAUUCAGUUACCAGCACUGAAUAGAUUUCGUGAACGACAAUUUGAUGUGACUUUAUCGGAAAAUAAACCAUCGACAACGAACUCCGACACGAAUGAUCUAUUGCAUUUAGAUUUCGAGUUCGAUCUUAUGGAUAGUGAAGCUCUAUUUCUUUGUGUAUUGGUUGGUAUUAACUUAAACGAUAUUGGAUUGGAACAACAUCUUUGGCAUCGCCUUUUCAAUAAAGUUUUAAACAGAAUUUUUGGAACCGACGUUAUGAUUACAGUAGCAAAAUCGUUUGAUGCUCCGAUUAAAUUAGUAUUUUCACAAGAUCUGAUCGAAAAUGGUCGGAUAGCCGCUAAAAAAUUUGCUAUGCUUGUACUUGUGACAUUGUCGUUCCCGUUUUAUUUUACCGUUUCAUUUAUCGCCUAUAUCAUCGCUUUGAUUGUGACGAUUCUUAUUCUUCAAAUCUUGAAACCUGCUCAGCCAGUCCUACUCUAUAUUGUACCAUUAUGUUUGAUAUUUCUGUUACUGACUGCAUGGAUUUGCAAAGACUGUACAGCCAUGUUCGCUUAUGAGAAUCAUGCUAAUGACAAGAAGCAUAUUAUGGGCACAAUCCAUAGUACUCCUAAUUUCAUCCGGUGUUUUCAAUCCAUAUUAACAUUUAUUUUUGUCAGUAUAUGUUUAUUUUUACUUUCAAUCCUCACUUAUUUUACUCUACGUAAACACUUAAUACCAACAUCACGUCUUGACAUUCCGAUAUCUCUUGGCUUUCCCAAAGAUUUCGAUCCGAACACAGACAAGACUUUUUCGCAAUCCGCCGCUAAUUUUCCACCCUAUUUAGUCAGUCAUAUAAAUCUAAGUGAUACCAUGUCGAUUCAAUCACCACUUGAUAUAUCUGUACACUCGUAUUCAAUCGAAUUGACUUGUCAUUCACCACGUUCGUAUCGCAAUCGUCAACUCGGUUCAUUUUUUGUUCAAAUAAUUUUGUAUUCAACAACUAAUCAACUUAUCAAUGAACAUUCCCGUUUAAUUUUAUAUCCAUAUCAGUCCGAACUCGCUCGAAUUAUCCGAACACUCAUCUUCUUACCAUUAUCCAUAUUUCACAUCGAUUACGAUCGUUGGCAUUUGCAACAAAUACUUAUCGACCGUGUACGAAAUACUGAUCAAUCGAAGCGUUUUAUCGAAAGAAUUCAUUUGAAUAUACUUCCGUCUUCAUUUCAACUUGAUCGAUGUUCAAUACAUUUUCGUAUACGUGAUUUAACCGGUCUUGUUUAUUCAUUCAUAAACUAUCCAAUUCUAACUGGAUGUUUUGCGACGUUUGUUCUAUUUUCUAUCUAUAUGACAUUCUAUUUGAUUGUAACUGGUUUAACCUGGUUAAACCAAUUGAGUAAAACCGAAUCUUAUUAUAAGUGUAAAGGAUGUCUAAUCGACUCUUCCCAUGGAAAAUUACAAAAGAAAAAAGAAGCAUUAUUAGAAUUUAUUUUCACCAGUGAUUCUUUGUGUUUAACUGUAAGUGCACAGAAUGUCAACAUCAUGACGUACACGUUAAGUAAAGAUACGAUCUCAACAGCGAUGUUAUAUAAUGAAUUACUUGUGAUAACAUUCAAAGAAAAGAAACAAAUAAAAUUAUCCGCUUUGCCGGCAAAUAAAUUACAAGAAUUGAAGUUUAUGUUAGAAGCAUUAUUGAAUGAUGAUCUGACAGUUUAUAAAGAACAUGAGAAGAAAUUUUGUCAGGUGUCGACGAAUUCGAACCACGCGCCGCGUAAUUCUGUCACGAACACGAGUACUAAGAGUAUGAAUUUAUCGACAGAUGCAAGUAGUAAGAAACAACCGAAAUUAGACAAGAUGAAACAUGCUAAUCAAGUUUUCGAAAAUGAUGAAAAUUCACAACCAUCUGUAGCAAAUAUUUCCAAGGCAGCUGAGAAGAAGAAAAGCGCUUUGCAUAGUGCUUCGAAUUUCUAUCCUCACUCUCAGCACCAUUCUAUCGAUGAAAAUUUCGAUCACAUCAAUGAUACCUCGCAACAAUCCCAUAAACGCACAAGUGCAAAUCAAUCGGGUAGUUCAGGCGUUCGUUUCGAACAUGCAACAUCGCCCUACUUCUUCAAUCGAACAGAGAAUAAAAUGAAACGACACUUAUCGAAUGGAGAAUCUCGCGUUAGUCCACUGAAAAACAUUUAUUCUAAACCAUUGAAUAACACACCUCUUUGGGAUAAUGAUGAUGAGAGUUAUCUCUAUGAUUGGCGCGAUUCACCAUACACAACAAAACGAUCGGAAAGUCAGACAUCAGCUGACCUCUCAAUAUCGAAAGCAGUGACAACAACGAUGAAUUUGCGAAAGAAAGGUUUGAAAAAUAUCGGUGCGACAUGUUACAUGAAUUCCAUUCUUCAAUGUUUGCUGAAUAUCGACCCAUUCCGUUAUGAUUUAAUGGCGACAAAUUCCGAACUGAUCACAUCGCCCUUACUCGAAGAGAAUACAAUCUAUCUCUCCGUUCUACAAAUUCUGUCUCUGUUACAAGAUCGUCAAUCAACACAAUCACAAAAUAAUACGACAACUCAAUUAACUGACGAUGAACGAACAGUUGAAUCACAAGCGUUGAUUAAUUUGAAAAAAUCAGUAGAAAAACAUUCCGGCGUUUUUCUUGGUUCGCGUCAACAACCAUAUUUACACGUUGAAAUGAAUAAUGCCGAUCACCUUUCCAUCCUAUCCAUAGAAUACCGGUAUUGA